CAUUAUGGAAGAUGCAGCAACGGUGGCACACAUGGCGGCUGGUCGGCGUAGCGCGGCCUCGCGCCCUUGGGCAGGUCGCAGAUGCCACACGUGGCGUCUGUUCGCUCCGGGGCUUGCAUCCGACGGCGCACGCCAAGGCCGGACCUAUCUACAGUGCGCCCUGCUACCAGACGUCUUGCGGGGAGCGAGUAGGGUGCGUUGUGACCUGCGCCGUGACAAGUAGUAGCGAGGGGGAUCGCGUGUUUGCAAUGGAAGGAGUGGGAUAGGAUUGACCGUGACUGGACCGUGAUGAGAGUCCCCAGUAUCUGUCUAGAUUUUUAUCUUGAACGAUGUCAGGUACUUGUUUGGAGCGGGGGACGCUCCAGAUGGAACAGAGUGCUUUCGGACUUUUCCAUCCAGGUUGCAGGUCUUAUCUGCACCGGAACUCCGAAUGCGUACCCACAGAUGACGAAUACCAUGGCUUCGUUUCUUCCGAAUC